AGGAGGACAGGCAAUCGAAUCUAAAGGCGCUCAGCCAGCGACGGACACGGACGAGGAAGGUGCAGGUGAUGUCGUGGAGUGUGGGUUUAGGCGGCAGGAUGACAAUUGCCAAGCUCCUCCUUCCCUUCCUCAUUCUCCACUCUUUCUGUGAAGGCUCCAACCAGCCUCCACGCUUCCUGAACUACUUCUUCUCCACAUACCUUCUCAUCUAUGAAGAUAUGCCAGUCGGUUCUUCUGUGGCCCAACUGAAGGCUACUGAUCCUGAGGGGGAACCUCUCAUGUACGGUGUUUCAGGAGAAGAGGCCAUGAGGUAUUUUUCUGUGAACAAAGACACAGGCGUGGUCUGGCUCCGACAGCAGCUGGACCGUGAGACCAAGUCAGAGAUGCAGGUCGAAUUCUACGUGAGUGACAUUCAAGAGGUGGUCAAAGACACGGUAAACAUCCAGAUUGGAGACGUGAACGACAAUGCGCCAGUCUUCCACGGGCAGCCUUACACCGUCCACAUCCCAGAGAACACACUGGUGGGCAGAUCAGUGUUCAUGGUGAACGCCACAGAUCCAGACCAGGGCACUGGAGGAAGCGUUCUCUUCUCCUUCCAGCCUCCCUCGCCCUUCUUUUCCAUCGACGGGGCCAGAGGCAGCGUCACCGUCAUCAAGCCACUGGACUACGAGACCACUUCAGCGUACCAGCUCACUGUCAACGCCACGGAUCAAGACAAAGUGAGACCCCUGUCCCGGCUCGCCAACUUAGCUAUUACCAUCACUGAUGUCCAGGACAUGGACCCGAUUUUCACCAAUCUGCCCUACAGUACCAACAUAGAGGAGGACGUUCCCCUGGGAUACGAGGUGAGGAAGAUAACAGCCAUUGACCAGGAUCUCGGCCGACCGAGAGGCAUCGGCUACACCAUCAUCUCAGGGAACACCAACAGUGUUUUUGCCCUGGACUACAUCAGCGGGUCUCUGACAGUGAAUGGCCAGCUGGACAGGGAAAACCCGCUCUACUCAGCAGGAUUCUCUCUCACUGUCAAGGCCACAGAGUUGAAAGAUGAUCGCAGUCCAUCAGAAGCCACAGUGAAGACCACCUUUACCAUCCUGCUAAUUGACAAGAAUGACAACGCCCCGACGUUCAACAGCUCAGAGUAUCGGGUCGUCAUCACUGAGCUGGCCCAGGUGGGCUUUGCCCUUCCCCUCUUCAUCCAGGCCGAAGACAAGGACGAGGGGGUGAACAGCAUGUUCCAGGUGUUUCUGAGAGGAAACAAUUCCGACUACUUUACCAUCUCCCCCACGGCAGUACAGGGGCGUGCCGACAUCAGAGUGCGGGUGGCCAUGCCCCUGGACUUCGAAAACAUUCGCAGCUACAGCUUCUCGCUUUAUGCCAAUGAGUCCAUGUCCGACCAUGUGGGUUUUGCUCGUGUCUUCAUUGAGCUGAUCAAUGAGAAUGAUAACCGACCCAUCUUCAGCAAACCGCUGUACAACAUCAGCCUUCCUGAAAACACCCCUCCUGGUACCUCACUGCUUCGCAUCCUGGCUACAGACCGAGAUUCAGGCAUAUUUGGGAUUGUGCGUUACUACUUCAGUGACGAGCCAGACCAGUUUUCAUUGGAUGAUGAGACGGGCUGGGUCAUUCUGAGGGACAGUCUGGAUUAUGAGUUGAUGCGGCGCUUCACGCUGACCGUGCUGGCGAGGGACGGCGGCGGGGAGGAGACAACGGGGAGAGUCCGUGUCAACGUGUUAGAUGUCAACGACAAUGCGCCGCUCUUCCAGAAGGAGGCGUACGUGGGCUCGCUGAGAGAGAACGAACAGGCCGUCCAGGCGGUGGCCCGAGUCAGGGCUACAGAUGAGGAUUCUCCUCCCAACAACUUCCUGACAUACACCAUCACUUCAGCCUCAGCCUUCCCUAAUUACUUCAGCAUCCUCAUGGUGGAGGGCUACGCAGUGAUCAGUGUGACCAGACCUCUGGACUACGAGCAGGUUCCCAAUGGGAUGGUCUACUUGACAGUGAUGGCUAAAGGGGGGAACCCAGCCCUCAACAACACCGUCCCUGUCACAGUGGAGGUGAUAGAUGAAAAUGACAACCCACCGGAGUUCAGCAAGCAGUCCUAUAUCGUCAAAAUCCCAGAGAACAUUAUUGCCGGGGCGACUGUGCUGCUUGUGAAUGCUACUGAUUUGGACGCCUCUCGGGAAUAUGGCCAAGCCUCACUCAUCUACUCCCUGGAGGGCUCCUCUCAGUUCCGUCUCAACUCUCGCUCAGGAGAGAUCACCACAACGGCCCUGCUGGACCGAGAGCUGAAGUCAGAGUACAUCCUGAUAGUCAGAGCUGUGGAUGGAGGGGUGGGCCCUCAGCAAAAGACUGGCAUUGCCACGGUGAAUAUCACCAUCCUUGACAUCAAUGACAAUGCCCCUGUGUGGAGAGACGAGCCAUACCUCACCAACGUGGUGGAGAUGAGUCCAAUGAACACUGAUGUUAUCUCUGUGUUGGCAUUUGACCCAGACAAUGGGAAAAACGGGACAGUGAUGUACAGUAUCAGUCCAGAAAACCCCUUCUACACCAUCAGCAGCAGCACAGGGAAGAUCCGCACCAGUGGGGUAACUCUGGACAGGGAAAGCUCCAACCCCAGGGACACACUACUCAUGAGGACCAUUAUCAUCUCAGCUGUUGACAAUGGCACACCUCCACUGCAUGCUUCAGCGAGCACCACCGUGUUUGUCAACCUGCUGGAUCUCAAUGACAACGACCCAACCUUCCUCAACCUGCCCUUUGUGGCAGAAGUUCCAGAGGGACUGCCCAUUGGAUCCUCAGUUUUUAAGGUCCAGGUGGAGGACCCAGAUGAGGACAAGAACGGAUUGAUUACAAUGGCGUUACAGAUGGGGAUGCCUCGCCUCGACUUCUACCUGAACACCUCCACUGGCGUUCUCACCUCCAUGGCAGUCCUGGAUCGUGAGCAGAUUGGACAGUACCAUUUGAGAAUUAUUGCAUAUGAUGCAGGGAAGUUCCCUCGCACAUCCACUUCAACCCUCACUGUCACAGUUCUGGAUGUAAAUGAUGAGACGCCCACCUUCAACCCUGGCGUGUACAAUGUUUCCCUGAAGGAGAGUGUUCCUAGAGACCACAUUGUAGCGCGCCUCAGCUGCUCUGACAACGACGCUGGCCUCAACGCUGAACUUAGCUACUUCAUCACAGAUGGUAAUCAGGAUGGUAAAUUCAGCGUGGGCUUCAGAGACGGAAUUGUUCGGACUGUGGUCGGCCUAGACAGAGAGACCCAGGCAGCAUACGCGCUGAUCAUAGAAGCUAUAGACAACGGUCCAGCGGGCAGCCGGAGGACGGGCACAGCUACUGUAUUUGUUGAGGUGCAGGAUGUUAACGACAACAGGCCCAUCUUCCUACAAAACAGCUACGAGACCAGCAUACUGGAGAGCGUGCCCAAAGGAACCAGCAUCCUCCAGGUUCAAGCUACAGAUGCUGACCAGGGGGAGAACGGCCGAGUUCUGUACAGGAUCCUCACUGGGAACAGAAACAAUCUCUUCAGCAUAGACAAUCAGACCGGGCUGGUGACAAGAGGCCUCAGGGCACUGGACAGAGAAACCAGCAGCUCCCAUGUGCUGGAAGUGGUGGCCUACAACAGUGACGAGGGCAGCAUGAGGAGCUCUGUGAGGGUGAUCAUAUACGUGGACGAUGCCAAUGACGAGGUGCCAGUUUUUACCCAGCAACAAUACAACCGUCUGGGCCUUAGGGAGACUGCUGGCAUUGGCACCUCUGUGAUUGUGGUGCGUGCCACCGACCCUGACACUGGUGAUGGUGGAGCUGUUGCUUACGCUCUCGUGUCCGGCUCAGACCGCAAGUUUGAGGUGGAUGUGAGCACUGGCCUGGUAACCACCGUGGACUACCUGGACUACGAGACCAAGACCACCUAUUUGAUGAACGUCUCGGCCACUGACCAGGCGCCCCCUUUCCACCAAGGCUUCUGCACCGUCUAUGUCACGCUGCUUAAUGAGCUGGAUGAGGCCGUGGCCUUCUUCUCCGCCGGUUACGAGGCUUCUCUUCGUGAGAACAUCGCCACGGGGACCGAGGUAGUCCAGGUGCAGGCCCAGUCAGCCGACAACUUGAAUCAGUUGACUUACCGCUUCGACCCUGAUACGUCGCCUGCGGCUCUGGCCCUCUUCAAGAUAGACAGCAUCACGGGCCGCAUCACCGUGACAGGCCAGCUGGACAGAGAGAAGGGGGAUAUGUACACCUUGACUGUUGUAGCUGAUGAUGGAGGACCUAAAAAAGACUCCACUGUGAAAACUUAAUGGCAUUCCUCUUUUAUUCAUUGCAUCUCUCAUUGGAAGUGCAGAAGGUUUCAAUCACCAUUAUAGAUGAGAAUGACAACAGUCCAGAGUUUGACAUCACAUCAGACACUUCAGUGGACAUCCUAGAGAACAC